CAAAGCAUGUGUGACGUUAUCAAGUUUCAAAUGCCCUUAAAUAAAUUAUUUUCAAAAACAUCUAUUCAUUUAUUAAAAAUUAUUAAAUUUAAAAAAUUUGAUGAUACAAAAAACCAGUCUUUCAAAAUGUUAAGGAUUUUAUUCCCGCAGUAGUUUUGUAAAUUUGAAAUUGAAAAAAAAAUUUGAUAAGAAGACAUCAAUAAAAUAAUUAAACAGAUCAAAAUUUUAGCUUCUUAAAAUUGUUCAUUAAGAAAAUAAUUAAAUUCUAUUACUUUUUGUAAACAAAAAAUUUUUGCGAAUUGAGAAUAUUUAAUUAAGAAUAAAAUUGCUAAUCUUAUCGUCAGAUAUCAUAUAAUUUGUAUAAAAAAGAAUUUUGCUGCAAAUCCACUUGAAAGGGAACAAAAUUCAUCUAAAAUUACGAUAAAAACUUAUCUUGAGAGUUAAAUAUAUGAUUUCUCAUCCAUUGACUUAUAAAUCGAUUGCAUUAUUCCAAUUUGACAUAAUUGUUAAUAUAAUUUUAAUAAUAGGAACUUGUAAAUAAUUAAAAUUAAAAAUAAGUUUCAUAAAAAAUUAACCUUCCUCAAGUAUACAAAAGUGAUUUCGAUUCCAAAAUGAACAAAAAUAUUUUCAUUUUCACUUUUGCGACAACUUUGAUAUUUAUCAUCGUAAGUACAAUCAGUGGUCAUCCAACAAUGCUGAAUGAAGAUAGUGGAAAAAAUAUUUCUCUCGAUUUCAUUUUUGGUUCGAGAAUAAACGGUGACACUUUUAUUAUGGAAAGUGUCGUAAAGCAAAAGGCAAAACCGUCAAAAGUUCCAAUUUUUCAUGAUUUUGUACUUUUGAGCAAAUUAAUGAAAAUUACACAACUUAUUGUUGAAGAUCAAUGGAAAAAUGGUACUGGAGCUGAAGUUAGUAUUGAAUAUGGAAGUCUUGGAACAAAUAAUGUUACAUUGAAAUUUGUCGGUCAGGAAGGCUAUGGAUUUGAUUAUAUCGUCAAGGUUUUUAUGAUUAUUUAAUUUUUACAUUCAGUUAACGAAGAAAAAAAAUUAACUAUUCACCAACUAAUGUAAAUAAAUUAUUUUCCAAAAAACUGAUGGCAUUUCGUUUUUGAAAUCGAAUCUUUCUUUUCA